UGAUGGCUAUGCAGAUGCAACUGGAAGCAAAUGCUGAUACUUCAGUGGAAGAAGAAAGCUUUGGCCCACAACCUAUUUCACGGUUAGAGCAAUGUGGUAUAAAUGCCAAUGAUGUGAAGAAAUUGGAAGAAGCUGGAUUUCAUACUGUGGAAGCUGUUGCCUAUGCACCAAAGAAGGAGCUAAUAAAUAUUAAAGGAAUUAGCGAAGCAAAAGCUGAUAAAAUUCUGGCUGAGGCAGCUAAAUUAGUUCCAAUGGGUUUCACUACUGCAACUGAAUUCCACCAGAGACGAUCAGAGAUUAUACAGAUUACCACUGGCUCCAAAGAGCUGGACAAACUGCUUCAAGGUGGGAUUGAGACUGGAUCCAUCACUGAGAUGUUUGGAGAAUUUCGAACUGGGAAGACCCAGAUUUGUCACACGCUGGCUGUUACAUGCCAGCUUCCCAUUGACCGAGGCGGAGGUGAAGGAAAGGCCAUGUACAUUGAUACCGAAGGUACCUUUAGGCCAGAGCGGCUGCUAGCCGUGGCGGAGAGGUAUGGCCUGUCUGGCAGUGAUGUUCUAGAUAAUGUGGCAUAUGCACGAGGGUUCAACACAGACCACCAGACGCAGCUCCUUUAUCAAGCAUCAGCCAUGAUGGCAGAGUCCAGGUAUGCACUGCUUAUUGUAGACAGUGCCACUGCCCUCUACAGAACAGACUACUCGGGUCGAGGUGAGCUCUCAGCCAGGCAGAUGCACUUGGCCAGGUUUCUGCGGAUGCUUCUGAGACUCGCUGAUGAGUUUGGUGUAGCAGUGGUAAUCACCAACCAGGUGGUAGCUCAAGUGGACGGAGCAGCCAUGUUUGCUGCUGAUCCUAAGAAGCCUAUUGGGGGAAAUAUCAUAGCCCACGCAUCCACUACCAGACUGUACCUGAGGAAAGGAAGAGGGGAGACCAGGAUCUGCAAAAUCUACGACUCCCCCUGUCUCCCUGAAGCUGAGGCCAUGUUUGCCAUCAACGCGGAUGGAGUGGGAGAUGCCAAGGACUGAACACUGGUUUUUCCUGCGCUAAACCUUAUGUGCUCUGCCAGCGCCAGCUCCCUGGGGUUCUUCAAAGGCCUCUACCUGUUGUGACUGCCUGGGAAAGGCUUCCAAAACACCCACUGUGUUAACUUUUCUGAUGGUAUAAACAGGAGGCAGGUCAGUAUUCACACACUGAUUUGUAAUGUUUGUUCCUUAUGUACUAAAUUAAUUUCUGCAAUUGCUCUGGAGGAGAGGUAUGAACUACCUGUGGCAGUGUCUUGAAAUCAGCUCGGGUCUAACAGUCAUCUGUUGGACAACAGUAGGUCUCUAUGAAUUGAAACUGGGAGACCUGACUGCUCCCUUCUGAGAGAUGGUAAAGCAAAAUGCUUGAACUCCGUAGUAAAGGAGUUGAGUCCCCUCACAGAUUUUUUCUUUCAGGCAAACUCUCCCAAUCAGAAGUACACCUUUAAUUUCAUGCCUAAACUGGGACAUAAAAAUUGGUUUUCUGUUAAGGGAUUUGGAUGAGACCUGCUGUCAGCC